AUGGUUACAUGGUCAUUAGAAGACAACUCUAAUUCAGUCAGAGUCAUUCCUUUUUCUUCUUUAUCUCUUUUUGUGACUUUCCUUUCUCUUUGCUAUCUUUUUCCUUUCUACCUUUUCCUCCCCUUUCCUUGCUAUCUCUUUCUUCUCUUUCGUUUCUUUCUUGUUUUUUUCUUCCUCUUUCCUUGCUAUCUCUUUCUCCUCUUUCCUUUCUUUGCUAUUUCUUUCUCCUCUUUCCUUGCUAUCUCUUUCUUCUCUUUCCUUUCUUUCUUGUUUUUUUUCUUCCUCUUUCCUUGCUAUCUCUUUCUCCUCUUUCCUUUCUUUGCUAUUUCUUUCUCCUCUUUCCUUGCUAUCUCUUUCUUCUCUUUCCUUUCUUUCUUGUUUUUUCUUCCUCUUUCCUUGCUAUCUCUUUCUCCUCUUUCCUUUCUUUGCUAUUUCUUUCUCCUCUUUCCUUGCUAUCUCUUUCUUCUCUUUCCUUUCUUUCUUGUUUUUUUCUUCCUCUUUCCUUGCUAUCUCUUUUCCUCUUUCCUUUCUUUUGCUUUUUUUCUUCCUCUUUCCUUGCUAUCUCUUUCUUCUCUUUCUUCUCUUUCUUAUUUUUUUCUUCCUCUUUCCUUGCUAUCUCUUUCUCCUCUUUCCUUUCUUUGCUAUUUUUUUCUUCCUCUUUCCUUGCUAUCUCUUUCUUCUCUUUCCCUUUCUUUCUUGUUUUUUUUUCUUCCUCUUUCCUUGCUAUCUCUUUCUCCUCUUUCCUUUCUUUGCUAUUUCUUUCUCCUCUUUCCUUGCUAUCUCUUUUCUUCUCUUUCCUUUCUUUCUUGUUUUUUUUCUGCCUCUUUCCUUGCUAUCUCUUUCUGCUCUUUCCUUUCUUUGCUAUUUCUUUCUCCUCUUUCCUUGCUAUCUCUUUCUUCUCUUUCCUUUCUUUCUUGUUUUUUUCUUCCUCUUUCCUUGCUAUCUCUUUCUGCUCUUUCCUUUCUUUGCUAUUUCUUUCUCCUCUUUCCUUGCUAUCUCUUUCUUCUCUUUCCUUUCUUUUUUUUUUUUUUCCUCUUUUCCUUGCUAUCUCUUUCUGCUCUUUCCUUUUUUUGCUAUUUCUUUCUCCUCUUUCCUUGCUAUCUCUUUCUUCUCUUUCCUUUCUUUCUUGUUUUUUUUCUUCCUCUUUCCUUGCUAUCUCUUUCUGCUCUUUCCUUUCUUUCUUAUUUUUUUCUCCUCUUUCCUUGCUAUCUCUUUCUUCUCUUUCCUUUUUUUUCUUGUUUUUUCUGCCUCUUUCCUUGCUAUCUCUUUCUUCUCUUUCCUUUCUUUGCUAUUUUUUUCUCCUCUUUCCUUGCUAUCUCUUUCUUCUCUUUCCUUUCUUUCUUUUUUUUUCUGCCUCUUUCCUUGCUAUCUCUUUCUGCUCUUUCCUUUCUUUUGCUAUUUCUUUCUCCUCUUUCCUUUUCCUUCUUCUCUUUCCUUUCUUUCUAUUUCUUUCUUUCUUUCCUUGUUUUUUCUUCCUCUUUCCUUUCCUUUCUUUCUUUUUCUCCUCUUUCCUUUCUAUCUCAUUCUUCUCUUUCCUUUCUUUCUUGUUUUUUCUUGCCUCUUUCCUUUAUCUCUUUCUCCUCUUUCCUUUUUUUUUAUUUUUUUCUCCUCUUUCCUUGCUAUCUCUUUCUUCUCUUUCCUUUCUUUCUUGUUUUUUCUUCCUCUUUCCUUGCUAUCUCUUUUCUGCUCUUUCCUUUCUUUCUAUUUCUUUCUCCUCUUUUCCUUGCUAUCUCUUUCUUCUCUUUCCUUUCUUUCUUGUUUUUUUCCUCCUCUUUCCUUUCUAUCUCAUUCUUCUCUUUCCUUUCUUUCUUGUUUUUUUCUGCCUCUUUCCUUGCUAUCUCUUUCUGCUCUUUCCUUUCUUUGCUAUUUCUUUCUCCUCUUUCCUUGCUAUCUCUUUCUUCUCUUUCCUUUCUUUCUUGUUUUUUUCUGCCUCUUUCCUUGCUAUCUCUUUCUGCUCUUUCCUUUCUUUGCUAUUUCUUUCUCCUCUUUCCUUGCUAUCUCUUUCUUCUCUUUCCUUUCUUUGCUAUUUCUUUCUCCUCUUUCCUUGCUAUCUCAUUCUUCUCUUUCCUUUCUUUCUUGUUUUUUCCCUCCUCUUUCCUGGCUAUCUCUUUCUCCUCUUUCCUUUCUUUGCUAUUUCUUUCUCCUCUUUCCUUGCUAUCUCUUUCUUCUCUUUCCUUUCUUUGCUAUUUCUUUCUCCUCUUUCCUUGCUAUCUCAUUCUUCUCUUUCCUUUCUUUCUUGUUUUUUUCCUCCUCUUUCCUUGCUAUCUCUUUCUUCUCUUUCCUUUCUUUCUUGUCUUUUUCUUCCUCUUUCCUUGCUAUCUCUUUCUCCUCUUUCCUUUCUUUGCUAUUUCUUUCUCCUCUUUCCUUGCUAUCUCAUUCUUCUCUUUCCUUUCUUUCUUGUUUUUUCUUCCUCUUUCCUUGCUAUCUCUUUCUCCUCUUUCCUUUCUUUGCUAUUUCUUUCUCCUCUUUCCUUGCUAUCUCUUUUUUCUCUUUCCUUUCUUUCUUGUCUUUUUCUUCCUCUUUCCUUGCUAUUUCUUUCUCCUCUUUCCUUGCUAUCUCUUUCUUCUCUUUCCUUUCUUUCUUGUUUUUUUCUUCCUCUUUCCUUGCUAUCUCUUUCUCCUCUUUCCUUUCUUUGCUAUUUCUUUCUCCUCUUUCCUUGCUAUCUCUUUCUUCUCUUUCCUUUCUUUCUUGUUUUUUUCUUCCUCUUUCCUUGCUAUCUCUUUCUCCUCUUUUCUUUCUUUGCUAUUUCUUUCUCCUCUUUCCUUGCUAUCUCAUUCUUCUCUUUCCUUUCUUUCUUGUUUUUUUCUUCCUCUUUCCUUGCUAUCUCUUUCUCCUCUUUCCUAUUUCUUUCUCCUCUUUCCUUGCUAUCUCAUUCUUCUCUUUCCUUUCUUUCUUGUUUUUUUCUUCCUCUUUCCUUUCUAUCUCUUUUUGCUCUUUCCUUUCUUUGCUAUUUCUUUCUCCCCUUUCCUUGCUAUCUCAUUCUUCUCUUUCCUUUCUUUCUUGUUUUUUUCUUCCUGUUUCCUUGCUAUCUCUUUCUCCUCUUUCCUUUCUUUGCUAUUUCUUUCUCCUCUUUCCUUGCUAUCUCUUUCUCCUCUUUCCUUUCUUUCUUGUUUUUUUCUUCCUCUUUCCUUGCUAUCUCUUUCUCCUCUUUCCUUUCUUUGCUAUUUCUUUCUCCUCUUUCCUUGCUAUCUCUUUCUGCUCUUUCCUUUCUUUCUUGUUUUUUUCUGCCUCUUUCCUUGCUAUCUCUUUCUCCUCUUUCCUUUCUUUGCUAUUUCUUUCUCCUCUUUCCUUGCUAUCUCUUUCUCCUCUUUCCUUUCUUUCUUGUUUUUUUCUUCCUCUUUCCUUGCUAUCUCUUCCUCCUCUUUCCUUUCUUUGCUAUUUCUUUCUCCUCUUUCCUUGCUAUCUCUUUCUCCUCUUUCUUGUCUUUUUCCUCCUCUUUCCUUUCUUUCCUAUCUUUUUCUUCCUCUUUCCUAUUUGUACUUUCUUUUUCCUCCUCUUUCCUCUGUUUUACUUUUUUUCCCUUUCUUAGUAAAUUCUUCCUUAUUUUUUCUCUUCCGAGAAAGAAAAAAAACCCAUAAAAACAAAUACAAGUUCAUAUUUUUACAUCUCAACAGAGAGUAA